AUGAAACAAGGCACCGUAUGGAACGUUGCAUCAAAGCCCUGUAAUGCUGAUGUAACCAGCGGCUUUGGAAUAGGAAGGGAUGUGUCCCUUCCAGAAACAUAUGUUCGUUCUGCGAGAAAUCCUCUUAGAGAUCUUGGCGGCAAACCUCCUUCUCAUAGGCAGAUUCUUGUCUUUUAUGCUGGAAAUACGCAUGGCUAUUUACAUCCAAUUCUGCUAGAGUACUGGAAAGACAAAGACCCUGAUAUGAAGAUCUUUGGUCCAAUGCCUCCUGGUGUUGCAAGCAAAAUGAACUACAUCCAGCAUAAGAAGAGCAGCAAAAUGAAACCCGCAGGAUCAUGGAGCUUUUGA